AUGUCGACCCCUCGCUUAUCUACCGGUCUUCGCAAAGAGGCACACGCGUCCGAAACAUACACAUGGUCCAUGUUUCUUGAAGUUCGAAAAGAGAUAUACAUGGGCAUGUUCCAUUGCAUGCCAAUUGAACGUCCUGGAAUGACUGACAUAAAAAAUUACACCGUUCGUCACUGCAAAUCAAACAUGUCUUAUGUUAAUGAAUUCGAGGUGUCGCUCAAUGUUCCUGAACAAACAGUAAGCUGUACAUGUCUUGGGUUCACUCGUAUUGGAUACCUUUGCCGACAUGUAUUCUGCAUAUUCCGUUACAACCAAAUUGAACGGAUACCGUCCCACUACAUCAUUCCACGUUGGAAACGAGAUGCGCUCCCGUCAGUUGUUCAUAGCAUAUCUAACAUUUACUCAUCUAACAACAACGAGUUUGCUAUCAUCCACAAUGAAAUAAUGGAUUUAGUCACUCAAUGCACAAACCGACUCAGACGCAAUCCUGAUCAGCCACGUUCCUUAUCUUCUGAGAUCAAACGCAUCAGAAACCACGUAUUCGAAUCGUUCUCGUGUGAUCCUCAGCCUCGUUCCGUUCAAAAAACUGCAAACAUCAGUGACAUAUUAAACAUACCUUCAAAUCUAAGCACAAGUGUCCAUCCUCCGCAAGGUAUUAGAAACAAAGGUUGUGGGACCAAAAAACAACGGAUCGGCCCUGGCGGUCAAAACAUUAAAGAUAAACGAAAGAAGGCCGGUAAACGACAAAAAGCUGUCCGCUUAUGCAAAAAAUGCAACAAGUAUGUAUUUGACCACGAUUCCCGCAAUUGCGACAAAAUCAAAGCUGCCAAACUUGCUGCACGAGCAGCUAAACGUGCUGCUGCUAUCGCCGCUGGACUGCCCGCCCCGUCUGAUUCCGAUUCUGAUGAUACUGAUGUUGAUCUCGAUGACACCGACGAUGACACCAAUGAUGACAUCAAUGAGUAUAAUUCUUCUGAUUACGAUGCAUCUGAAUACCCCGUCUCCAUGCAAAAACCCGCAUCUACUCGUGCGAACAAAUGUUAG